CCCCUGCCCCCCAUGUCGGUGGUGAAGUCGAUCGAACUUGUCUUGCCCAAGGAUGAGGUCUACCUGGCCGGUUCCAGCGUGUCAGGACAGGUGAUUUUAACCUUGAACAGCACCUUGGUGGACCCCGUGGUGAGAGUGGAGCUCGUGGGGAAGGGCUACGUCGAGUGGAAUGAAGAAGUCGGGGAGACCCGUGAUUACAGCAGAGAUGUUCUUUGCAACAACAAAGCUGACUACGUGCAUAAGACAAAGACGUUCCCCGUGGAGGAUAAUUGGUUAAGUGCAGGCAGCCACAUCUUUGACUUCCAUUUCAACUUACCUCCCAGGCUCCCGUCCAGCUUCGUCAGCAAGCUCGGCCACAUCUCAUACUACAUGCAGGCCUCCUGCAUGGGCCGGGAACACAUCCUGGCCAGAAGGAGGGUGUGCUUCAUGGUUCAGGGGCUUUCUGACUUCCACAAGCAAAAUCUGUUCCAGAACCCGCUGUUGGUGGAGGUAGAGAAACGCGUGCCCUACAACUGCUGCCACCAGGGUACCAUCUGCCUGCGUGUACACCUGGACAAGAACAUCUUCACACCGGGGGAGAAGGUGGUAUUCACCACCGAGAUCAACAAUCAGACCAGCAAAUGUAUUAAGACGGUGGUCUUCGCGCUCUAUGUCCGAGCCUGUUACCAGGGCUUCACACCCAACGCCGAGCGGCGGCAGCGACUGGACAGCAGCGAGUUGCUGCGACAGGAGGCCAACACCCACAUCGUCCCCUUCGACACCACCAAGAUCGUCAGUACCUUCCACCUGCCGCCCGUGCUGUCGGUGAGCGGUGGCGGCAGCAAUGGCGCCCUGCAUGAGGACCUCCUCCAGACACACUACGAACUGGUCAUCACCAUGCACCUUCCCUGGUCGCUUAGCAACAUCAAGGCCCAGGUCCCCAUCAUCAUUGUCCGGACGCCGCCGGCCGACGAGGCCACCUGCCACGAGCCGGAGGGGGACAGGCUGUCCGCCGACCCCAGCUGCCAGAAUUAA